AUGGCGUCUCGGCCUUUCCCACGGGAGUCCCCUCGCUCCCGGCCUCCUAGCUCUAGCUCUCUCUCCGCCUCCGUUCAAAUGGGAUCCUCGCCUGCGCCUUCGCCUUCGCCUUCGACUUCGCCGCCGAUGCCGAUGAUAGGGAGGGCCGGCAACCUCACCGUCUUCAUCACGCCGCCGUCGCCGGCCAGCACCCCGCGCUCCUCGCGCCCGUCCGACUCCCCAAGGCCGGACUUCUCCACCCCUACCUCCCGCACGGGUACGGCACCGCCUCCGCCGCAGAAGAGCGCUAGCCCGCCCGCGCCGCCGGUCAAGUUCUCGCCCCCUGCACCGCCCGUGAAGGUGUCCCUGCCUCCUGUGCAGGUGCCCCCGCCGCAGUACGGAAAGGCUUCUGCGGGGGGCAAGCACGACGGAUCGGUGUUCGGCUUCUUAUGGGACGCCGUCGCGCGCGUGCAGGAAGCGCACGCGAGCCUGGACGAGUACGUCGCCAACUGGUUCGGAUUGGAUCAGUCUAAGUACCAGUGGGCUCUCAACGACUACUACGAUACCACCGGCAAGGUUCGUGCUUUUCGAUUUCUCCUCUGCAGUUUCCCUCUAGCUUUGAGGAAUCGGAUUCCAUGCGUGUCCACUUGGUUCUCUUUUUCAUUCAUGUUCUUAACUGGAUCUGCGACUGCAUGUGAGAACAAUUUGAGAGUAGAGUUUCAUACUCCCUCCGUUCGGAAUUACUUGUCUCGGGAAUGGAUGUAUAUAGAACUAAAAUACGUCUAG